AUGAAUCCUCCUCCAACUUCACAAUUGCAUUAUGCACAACCACCUUAUCCACCACCAGCCACCGGUAUCCCCGUGCACGACGGCCACCACCAUAAAACAGGCCCCCAGGAAUGGUCCACCGGUCUAUGGGACUGCUUCUCCGACUGCCAAACCUGUUGCGUAACUUAUUGGUGUCCAUGCAUCACUUUUGGCAGAAUUGCUGAGAUUGUUGACAAAGGAACAACUUCUUGUCUUGUAAGUGGAUCACUGUAUACACUUAUAUGUUGUUUAACUGGUUGUGGAUGUAUAUAUUCAUGCAUCUAUCGUAAUAAGAUGAGACAACAAUACAUGCUCAAAGACGCACCUUGUUGCGAUUGCUUAGUUCAUUGGUGUUGUGAAUCAUGUGCACUGUGUCAAGAAUAUCGUGAGCUUCAAAACCGUGGAUUCGACAUGCAACUUGGGUGGCAUGGAAAUGUUGCGCAAGGAAGUAGAGGAGUAGUCAUGGCACCAACAGCUCCUGGAGUUGAAUACAUGACUCGUUAA